UUGUUUUCCUUUUCCUUUAUGUCUCAAUGUUGGUACAUAUUUUGCUUGAUAGCAAAUUCUGUAUAUAUUUUCCAGCAAUGCAUUCGACAACUACUACUACUACUACAAACUGCAACGUGUGCAUUUAAUUUUUUUUAUUGUCAGCAACACAUUUUUAUUUUGUGCUCCUGAGUGGUAUAAAUACUUGCGCUAUUUCUGAUGGUAAAAACAAUGUACUGACUUGUGGAUUAUGGAGUGGAGUUUAGUAUACUGCUAGAUUUACUAGUCUUUUAAAUUAAUAUGAGUUAACAUUGUAAAAUUUUGACAGGGAACAUUGUAAAAUUUUAUUAUAUUUUUUAUAGUUUACUGCUAGAUUUUAGUAUACUGUACUAAAAGUAUAAGAUAUAUUUUGUCAAGGGGAAUGGAUGGUGGUACAUUGAAUGAUGAGGGUGGGAACAAAAUGCCGGUUACAACAAAAGCUGAUUUCAAGAAAUUGUUUGAAGCGUCAACAAAUGAAUCAGGUCUUGCUAGGGACAAAGGACAGGGAAAGUUCUCAACAAAUGGACCUUACAGUUCAGCAAUGGAGAUCCUGCUAGGUGCUGGAGGACCUUACAAUGCAACAAAUUAUGGAUCCUUCACAGAUCUGUUGAACAGGGCUUCAGCUGGUACAAUUCAGUUUGAUUACCACGAUAAUUGCUUCUGUGGGGAUGACGUAGUGAAAUAGAGUGAUGCUGACGAGGCACAACAAUGUGGGGAUGAUGGAUACUUGGGUGGUGAAGAUGAUGAUGUGGAAGAUACUAAUGUUGAAGCUGGGACACUAAUGGAAGAUACUGAUGAACUAAACGAUAACAGCCGACUUGAAAGUGAAGAUGAUGAUGUGGAAAAUACUAAUGUUGUUGCAGGGUCUGCCGAUGAAACUGACUCAGAUUCUGAUGGAUGUUUAAAAGAAACAGAUAAUCUAGAUCAUGCUGAUUCAGACUUUGAUGAUUGUGAGGUGCUGUCUUCAGACUCGAGUGAUUCCGAUUCGGACAGUGAAGAGGUCGCUAUUGAAGUGGAUGUGACUCAGGAGUAUUACAUUGACAAGUCACAAGAGGGGUGUGCAUACAAAAAAAGGUGAUUUUUUUUCUCCAAUACUAAUAAUGUCAAGUCACAAGAGGCUGACUUGCUCACUGAUUUGGAAGAGGUGCAGAGCAACUUGAAGCGCCGCCGUGUCUAUGCCUACGGCAGAUCCAUGCGUCCGAGGAACCAGUGAUUAGAGCAUGUCAUUGCACAUGUAUGCCGUUGAUUUUGUCCAGGCGAGCAACAAUGCCUGAAUUUCUGUAGGCAAACAGAUAAGCUGUUAGGCCGUGAGAACCUUCUAUCAUUGCCUGAUGAGGGGGACAGG